GAAAGGGAAACCCCGGCGGGGAGACUCGGCCCCAAAAGCGGCGGCCAUUGGAGGUGGCUGCGGCAGCUGAUGUGGCCUCAUGGAUGAGCUGGUACAUGACUUAGCCUCAGCCUUGGAGCAGACAUCUGAGCAGAAUAAGCUUGGUGAGCUGUGGGAGGAGAUGGCCCUGAGCCCUCGCCAGCAGAGGCGGCAGCUUCGCAAAAGGAGAGGCCGCAAGCGCCGUUCAGACUUCACUCACCUGGCAGAGCAUACCUGUUGCUACAGUGAGGCCUCUGAGUCCAGUCUCGAUGAGGCCAUUAAGGACUGUCGAGAAAUGGCCCCUGUUGCCAAUUUUAGUGACUCUGAUGACACAAUGGUAGCCAAACGGCACCCAGCUCUCAAUGCCAUGGUUAAGAGUAAGCAGCACUCUUGGCACGAAUCUGACUCCUUUACUGAAAAUGCACCAUGUCGACCGCUCCGGCGCCGGCGGAAGGUGAAGCGAGUGACAUCAGAGGUGGCUGCCAGCCUCCAGCAGAAGCUCAAGGUGUCAGAUUGGAGCUAUGAGAGAGGCUGCAGGUUCAAGUCUGCUAAGAAGCAGCGUCUGUCCCGCUGGAAGGAGAAUACUCCCUGGACCUCCUCAGGUCAUGGGUUGUGUGAGUCAGCAGAAAAUAGGACUUUCCUAAGCAAAACAGGAAGGAAAGAAAGGAUGGAGUGUGAAGCAGAUGAACAAAAACAGGGCUCUGAUGAGAACAUGUCAGAAUGUGAAACCAGCAGUGUGUGUAGCAGCAGUGACACAGGGCUCUUUACCAACGAUGAAGGACGGCAAGGGGAUGAUGAGCAGAGUGAUUGGUUCUAUGAGGGAGAAUGUGUCCCAGGAUUCACUGUCCCUAAUCUUCUGCCGAAGUGGGCUCCUGAUCAUUGCCCUGAAGUAGAAAGAAUGGAUUCUGGACUGGAUAAACUUUCCGAUUCCACAUUCCUUUUACCUUCUCGACCAGCUCAAAGAGGGUACCAUGCCCGCUUGAAUCGUCUGCCUGGAGCUGCAGCUCGAUGCCUCAGAAAGGGCCGAAGACGGCUUGUUGGGAAGGAGACCAGCAUAAGUACUGAGAGAAUAGGCCACAUCAUUAGUGACCCUCGGCAGAAGGAUUUCUGGUUACCAUCAGCUGGGAAAAGAGAACGAAAUCAGUUUAAUCCCCUGUCUCCCCUUUACUCCUUGGAUGUUCUCACUGACGCCUCUCACCGAAGAUGUUCACCAGCACACUGCUCUGCCAGACAGGCAAACAUACACUUGGGACCCCCAUGUUCACGUGACAUCAAGAGGAAACGGAAACCUGUGGCCACAGCAUCUCUGUCCAGCCCAAAUGCAGUUCACGUGGAUGUAGUGGAACCAACUACACCAGCAUCGCAGGUCCAGAAAUCUCCAAACCCUGAGUGGUUGAUCAGGACCUCUGCCACAGAGAAAGCCACUGACUCAGCUGCAGCUACGUUUUUUAAAAUGCCACCAGAAAAGAGCCCUGGAUACAGCUAGAGAGCAGGAUUCCACCCACCAGGAGCUACUGGGUGUUGUGAAACGCAUCCCAGACUUGGUACCGCAGUCUUGUGUAUCGUAAUUGACACUCCCAAUCCUUUCAUCGCCAGGAUGACCCUUCUUUCAAACAAAGCAGUGGACUCUUUCUCUUAGGAAAUCAUGUUGUGGAAAUCUGUUUGUUUUUUUUAAAGUUAGUAAAGUAUUGCAGCAGCAAUUUUUUUAAAAAAAGGUCAUCCUAUGCUAUAUUUGUUACAUUGCUGUCAUUGUCCCAACAGCUACCUACGGUUCCGUGUACAGAGCUGUUGCUUUUUGCAGGUAUGUCUCUUUUCUUGAAAAACUAGUAACUCCUUUUGCAUACUUUACAUGUAGAGCUUUUAAUAUCAUUUGAGGAAGUCCCAAAUUUGUAGCCAGUUCUAGACAGAUGUAAACAGAGUUUAGACCUGUGUGUGGAAUUGUGUUUACAGGAGAUAGAGUUUGCCUUUGAGCCUGGUCUUGAUUCACUGAGAGUGCCAAUAAGCCAAAUUCACCAAGUUCUCAUUUGGGAGCCUCAGAGGAGACACCAGCAACACGGAC